AUGAAACAGAAAGUAAUCUUUCACACUGCCAUUGCUUAACCUACGGGAGAGAGCACCAAAAUGGCAGAGAAUCAGGAACUGUUCUGUUGCUCCAUCUGUCUGGAUCUACUGAAGGAUCCGGUGACUACUGCCUGUGGACACAGUUACUGUAUGGGCUGUAUUAAAGAAAGCUGGGAUCAGGAUGAUCUGAAAGGUGUCUACAGCUGUCCACAGUGCAGACAGACCUUUAUCCCAAGGCCUGUUCUGAACAGGAGCACUGUGCUGACUGAAGUGGUGAAGAAACUGAAGAAGACAGGACUCCAGGCUGCUCCCCCUCAGGCUCUGUGCUAUGUUGGACCUGGAGAUGUGGUGUGUGAUGUCUGCACUGGGACCAGAAAGCAGAAAGCCCUCAUGUCCUGUCUGGCGUGUCUGGCCUCUUACUGUGAGACUCACCUCCAACCUCACUAUGAAUCUCCUGCUUUCAAGAAGCACAAGCUGGUCAAAGCCACGGCACAACUACAGGAGAAGAUCUGCUCUCAUCAUGACAAACUACUGGAGGUUUACUGUCGUACCGAUCAGCAGUGUAUCUGUCUGCUGUGUGUGAUGGAUGAACAUAAAGGCCAUGAUACAGUGUCAGCUGAGGCAGAGAGGACUGAGAAACAGAGGCAGCUGGGGAUGAGUCAGCAGAAGGUCCAGCAGAGAUUCCAGGAGAGAGAGAAGGAGCUGAAGAAUCUCCAAAAAGCUGUGAAGUCUCUCAAGCGCUCUGCACAGUCAGCAGUAGAGGACAGUGAUCAGAUCUUUACUGAGCUGAUCCGCUCCAUUGAGAGAAGGAGCUCUGAGGUGAAGGAGCUGAUCAGAGCCCAAGAGAAGGCUCAAGUGAGUCAAGCUGAAGGACUCCUGGAGCAACUGAAGCAGGAGAUAGCUGAGCUGAGGAAGAGAAGCACUGAGCUGGAGCAGCUCUCACACACAGAGGAUCACAUCCAUUUCCUCCAGAGUUAUCAGUCUCUCUCCAGUAUCACUGUAUCUUCAGACUUACCCAGCAUCGUUGUCCGUCCUCUUCAGUCCUUUGGAGAUGUGAGUAAGACUGUGUCUGAACUGAGAGAGAAACUAGAAGACUUCCUUAAAGGAGAAUGGACCAAGAUCUCCACUACAGUGAAUAUAGUGGAUGUUGUACUGCCCCCAGAGCCCAAGACCAGAGAACAGUUGUUACAAUAUUCCUGUCAGCUCACACUGGACCCAAACACAGCACACACACACCUCUCUCUGUCUGAAGGGAACAGAAAGGUGACCAAUACAGGCCAAGUCCAACCAUAUCCUGUCCAUCCAGACAGAUUCACCAACUACAGGCAGGUUCUGUGUAGAGAGGGUCUGUCUGGACGCUGUUACUGGGAGGUGGAGAGGACUGGUGUUGUUAUUGUUAUAGCAGUCUCAUAUAAAGACAUCAGCAGAACAUGGACAGAUGGUGGAUUUGGAAAUAAUAACAAGUCCUGGAGUUUAUAUUACUAUAGUGAUGGUUAUUGUUUCAGACACAAUAAUGUUGUGACUAAAGUAUCAGGCCCUCAGUCCUCCAGAGUAGGAGUGUACCUGGAUCACAAGGCAGGUACUCUGUCCUUCUACAGUGUCUCUGACACAAUGACCCUCCUCCACAGAGUCCAGACCACAUUCACUCAGCCCCUCUAUCCUGGGUUUUGGCUCGAUGGUUCUGCUGAGCUGGUUAAACUGUAGGAGGGUCCACAUAGAUACUAGUCAUGCUGGUGUAGUCUAUAGCUGAGCUGGUUAAACUGUAGUAGGGUCCACAUAGAUACUAGUCAUGCUGGUGUAGUCUAUAGCUGAGCUGGUUAAACUGUAGUAGGGUCCACAUAGAUACUAGUCAUGCUGGUGUAGUCUAUAGCUGAGCUGGUUAAACUGUAAACUGAUUUGUUAUUAAUUAAAAUUCAAUACAAUGUUUUAAUCUUGUACAUUUCCAUGAAUCAUGAUGUCUGGUGUUGAUGUAUAUUGGUUGUCAUUCAGAACCAUUGAUAUGUUUUCUCAGUUGGUUCUCUGUCUCUAUGUAAUUCUCCUCAGUAUCAUUGAUCAGCUUGUUGGCUCGGUCCUAAUUGAUGUGUUCUCUGUCACCUGGAGCUGCAUGGAAAAUGGUCCAGGAACUAAAGGACAAUUCAGGACUAGUCAGCCCACUACAAGCUGGUAUCACUUACUUUCUACUAAACUAUAUGGUCUGGUUUCCCAGACACAGAUGAAUCCUAGUCCUGGACUAAACAGUAUGUUCAAUGUAGAUGUCCAGGAAACCGGCCCUAAAUGUGUCAUCUUUCAUCCUCCCAUACUGCUCAGUCCAGCAACAUUAAACCUGUCCAGCAGGUGGUGCUGUUGACCAAACAAUAAAACCAGCAGAUAUCUUGACUUGCCACUCAGUAUAUCAGUAAUGUUCAGAAUAGUACUUUAAUAUCAUUGGAGAUUGAUGGUCUUUUUAAUCCACUAUCCAGAGUCAGGAACAGAUGAAGUUAGGUCUGCUACUGUUCAGUGAUUAAAUAUGAUUUAUGGUGAUGGGAAAUAAUAAAAAACACUCAACUUCAUCUAGU